AUGGUAGUCCUGGAGGACUGGAACUACUUUGCCAUGUUCGAUGGGCACGCCGGUGACAAUGUGGCGAAGCACUGCGCGGCCAAUCUACUGCAGCGCAUCGUGAGCACGACCGAGUUUAGUAACAACGAUAUAACGCGAGCCAUUCACGCCGGAUUCCUGAAGCAGGACGAGGCGAUGCGCGACAUUCCCGAGCUCGCGUCCGGCGUCGACAAGUCCGGCACGACGGCCGUCUGUGCGUUCAUUUCGCGCGACCACCUGUACAUAGCAAACUGUGGCGAUUCGCGGGCCGUGCUCUGUCGGAACGCGCAACCAAUCUUCACGACGCAGGACCACAAACCGAUCUUGCCGGGCGAGAAGGAGCGCAUCCAGAAUGCGGGCGGCUCGGUGAUGGUGCAGCGAGUGAACGGCAGUCUGGCGGUCAGCCGGGCGCUCGGCGAUUACGAUUACAAGAACGUGCGGUCACUUGGCCAGUGCGAGCAGCUCGUGUCACCCGAACCGGAAAUCUUCUGUCAGGACCGCGAUCCGGCCGACGAGUUUCUCGUGCUCGCCUGUGACGGUGUGUGGGACGUAAUGACCAACCUUGAGCUGUGCCAGUUCGUACACAAUCGGCUCCAGCUGUCGGACGAUCUGGUGGUGGUGGCGAACCAGGUAAUCGACACCUGCUUGCACAAGGGCAGCCGGGACAAUAUGAGCAUCAUCAUCAUCGCGUUUCCGGGCGCCCCGACGCCCUCGGAGGAGGCACAAACACGGGAGGCAGCGCUCGAGGCCCACUUGCGCAAGCGCGUAGAGACAAUACUGCGGCAGAUGAACGAGGUCGACUUUGGGGAACUGCUGCGCGAGCUGGGCGGUGAAGACAUUCCCGAUCUUCCGCCGGGCGGCGGUCUGCACGCCAAGUCCACCUUCGUUUCGGACGUGUUCAAGGAGCUGCAUCCAUAGCUAGCGGAUAGGUGCGAGCCCGGGAACUACUAAAAGGGCCGCCGAGUGCACACCGCCGUCAUCCGUACACGAGUGUUCUUUGGCUCUCGACACCGGCUGGGCAACGCCGGUAGAUGGUGUGCCCCGGAAGCGCGCAG